AUGUCGAUUUCUCAGAUUGUAAAACAGAUUGAGAAUUCCGACGGAUAUUCACUUUCUAAGUAUUUUAAGAUCGAAUACUUGAUAAAUGAAAAGGAAACAUGCGAAUCUAUUGCAAAAAAUUUAAAUUCAUUAAAAAAUAGUCCUCCAUGGAAAGAAAUCUUUUCACCAUUGCUUAAAAUCUGCAAAACUACUUCAUCGCAAGAGCAAUAUUCUCUUUUUGAUCAAGCAUCAAUGUUAUUUGUUAAAUCAAUGUCAAAAUUCGAGAACCAGCUUAAAGUUCCUAUUUUCAAAUCGAUUGUUUUAUCAUACAAAUAUCUUUCCGCUAAUGAACUUGAAUCUAGUGUUCAAAAAUUAAGAUAUUUACUCAGUGAAGCAGCAAAAAUUCGAAAUUGCAAUGCAGUAGAUGGAUCCCCAUUACUCGCAUUAGUUAACUGUUUACUUUCUAUCUUCAUUUCAUUGAAUGAUUAUAAUCAAGCCUACAAAGUUUUCGAAACAAAUGUUGAUAACAUUUCUCUACUUGAAGAAUCCAAUGUUUUUACUGUUUCAGAACGCGCACAAUUUGAUUUCAAUGCAGGAAAGAUCAAUGCUGUCUUUGGAUACACACAAACAGCCUUAAAAUUUUUAAAUGAAGCUUUACGACUUACACCUUUAUCUUGUAUGUCAGAUAGAAGACUUAUCCUUACUGUUUUGAUUCCUGUACAAUUGUCCUUUGGAAUGAUUCCUUCAACAGAUUUAUUAAAUAAAUACGAACUCAAUGAUUUGUUCGGUCCAAUUGUUGAUUCAAUUAUAAAUGCUGAUGUAAGAGAAUUCAACCAAGCAUUUGAACAGAGGACAAUGAUCUUUAUUCGACUUGGAAUUUGGGAUGUAAUUUCGAAGGCCAAAUUAGUAGUUUAUCGUAGAAUACUGGAAGCUGUUUGUCCUCCUGGUACACAGAUACAAACUCUUGAAGCUUUUCAAAAGGCAAUUUGCGUAUUUGACAAUGUUUCUUUGGAUGAGGCCGAAUAUGUACUUGCUAACUUAAUUUCAAAUCACUACGUUUAUGCUUCUAUUUCUGAUAUCCAGAAAAAGUUUGUUCUCAAAAAAGAAGGCGCAUUUCCUCCAUUUCCUUUUGAGUAG